GCCGGGAUGCGCAGUGGACCCCUAGCCGGCGCGGCCCGGAGCCCUCGGGACAGGACAGGGGGCGACAGAGUCGCGGCGCCCGCGCUGGGCAUGGAGGCGCCGCUGCCUCGCACUGGUCCCCGGAGCUGCGCCCCGCGCCGCAGCCACCGCCGCGCCUCCAAGUUUGCUGGCUGAUUUGGAAAGUUGCGCCCGGGCUCCAGCAUCGCCGCGGGUCGCGCUCACUGUCGCAGCCUCCGCCUGCUCGGGGUCCCCGCCGCACCAACACCAGUAGCCCCGCCUGCCCGGGGCAUGUGAGCCGCCGCCCCGAGAGGCCGGGCGGGCGGCUCCGGCCUGGAGCCUCCCGAGGCAGCGCACGGCCGACGGGUGCGCCCGGGCCCCAGGCAGUCGCGCUCGCCAUGGGUAUCCAGGGCAUGGAGCUGUGCGCCAUGGCCGUCGUGGUGCUACUGUUCAUCGCCGUCCUCAAGCAGUUCGGCAUCCUGGAGCCCAUGUCCAUGGAAGACAGCAGUGACAGUGAGCUGGAACUGUCCACGGUGCGCCACCAGCCAGAGGGGUUGGACCAGCUGCAGGCCCAAACAAAGUUCACCAAGAAGGAGCUGCAGUCCCUCUAUCGAGGCUUCAAAAAUGAGUGUCCCACAGGCCUGGUGGAUGAAGAUACCUUCAAACUCAUCUAUUCACAGUUCUUCCCCCAGGGAGAUGCCACCACCUAUGCACACUUCCUCUUCAACGCCUUUGAUGCUGACGGGAAUGGGGCCAUCCACUUCGAGGACUUUGUGGUCGGACUUUCCAUCCUGCUGCGAGGGACGGUUCAUGAGAAGCUCAAGUGGGCCUUCAAUCUCUAUGACAUUAAUAAGGAUGGUUACAUCACCAAAGAGGAGAUGCUGGCCAUCAUGAAGUCCAUCUACGACAUGAUGGGCCGCCACACCUACCCCAUCCUGCGGGAGGACGCACCCCUGGAGCAUGUGGAGAGAUUCUUCCAGAAAAUGGACCGGAACCAGGACGGAGUAGUGACCAUUGAUGAGUUUCUGGAGACCUGUCAGAAGGAUGAGAACAUUAUGAACUCCAUGCAGCUGUUCGAGAACGUCAUCUAGGACAUGUGGGAGGGGACCCUAGGUAGCCAUUGCCACUCCCCUCAGAGAAACCUCAAUCCUGCCAGGAGCAGGCAGCUUCCAUGAGAAAUGUUUUUCUAAUAUAUUUGCAAAAAUGUGAGCAGUUUGCUCCCAAGACAGACACACAGACACAGUCUCGCUGUCUCUCAGUCUCUGUCUCUGUCUCUGUCUCUGUCUCUCUCUGUCUCUCUGUCUCUUUCUCUCUCUCUCUCUCUCUCUCACACACACACACACACACACACACACAUUCACACAAGCACACAUACAGUCCCUCUGGCCUGGCAGAGGGUGGCCAGACCUGCCUAAAUGUUACCCAGAAGGGGCUCAGGGCCUAAGAGGGCCCAAUCUCCAAAACAAAGGUCCCUUGUGUCCUUUCUACCACUUGAGGGAUCAGGCCAUUCCAUGUCCAUGGACCUGUGUUCCUAGAAAGCUCCCAGAAAUCUGGAGGGGCAGAGAAGGAAGGGGCAGACUAGUGGGGAGGUGGUAACGGAGUCUGCUGUGUCCUCCUAAUGCUUGACUGGGGUCUGGAACCUCUGGGCCAGGCCACCUAUUGUGGGGCAAGCUUGGAUGGUGAGGGGCCACUGGGCUGUGUCCUCCUUCAAGCUCAGGAUGGGAAAACCUGAGAGAACCAUUUGUCUACACCAUUAAUUAACUAGAGAUGACUGGUUGAUGGGAAUGUGGGAGAUGGGGUUCUCUGCCCUAGCACCAGACUGUCCUCCCCAAGGUCCUCUUAGGUUCUGGGAAGAGGCCACAUGGCUCAGAGACUGGCAAACAGGGAGCCUGAACUGUAAUGAGAGGGGCCUGGAAGGGGGCUUCCCUCUCCUCUUCCCUGGUCACCCGCCACCUAGUCCCUUGGCACGGUGGCUUAGCAGAGGUUCUGUGGCUGCCCUUGAACAGGCUCAUCCUAACCUGUACAAAAAGCACAAACACCCAGCAGCUCAGGCCAUGCCCAAAGAGAAGGCAAAGCCCCUGGCGGGGUGAGGCCUGGGUCCCAGCAGCCCUGACAUGGUGGCCUGAAGAAGAUGCUCAGGAGUUCACCCUGUGUCUCAGGGCCUUGGGGUCCUACAGCCCUUUCCCAGCCCAACUCACCAACAUUCUAAAGCACAAACCUGGGAGACUCUGUCUACCUGGGCUCUGCCCUGAGGAUAGGAGUCCACAUUACCCUGAAACUGGGGCUAGCCACGAGGGCUGGAGGGGCCUGUGACCAGCCAGCAGGUCAACAGAAGAGAAAGAGCUGCUCCCACCUACCAGAUCUCCUCCAGAAGGGACUGAGUCCCAGGCAGCAUGUUCCCUUAUGAGGAACAUGCCCACACAAUACAUUCCAUCAGCUACAGCCCAAUCUCUGCUCAUGCCUGGCUCUGGGAAUCUAUGGGUGUCCCCAGGAGUCCAGCCCCGGGAUAAGCAAGGUCCUCAGAAGAAAUGCAGGAUAGCGGAGGCCCCCAUACACAGGUGGACCCCCUCAGGGCUGCACUGACCCCCUCAUCUCCAGCCUGACGGGGGUCCCCCUACCUUACUCCAGAGGACAUCAGCUUUCCCUGGCUCAGGGAUCUCCCCCACCCCAGCCUGGCCUUUCCAACUGGGGUCCCUCUGAUUGUGAGAAGUCAAGGCCACAGGAGACGGUCACCACCAUGUCCCAACCCCUCCCCUUGGCCUCUGGCCACACGUCUAACCAGGAGGGAUCUGUCCCCGAUGCAGGGACACAGACUGGCUGCAUGUCUGCAUGGCAGAAGCGUCUCCCUUGGAUGCAGCCUGGGAGGGUGGUUCCUGUCUCAGCGCCCACCAAUAUUCAGUCCUAUAUAUUUUAAUAAAAUAACCUUGAC